CAUAACCAAAGUCCACAUCUGUUGGUUGAACAGGAACCUGCCAUCAUCAUGUCUGGUCCAGUCAGCAUGGAGCUGUCCCCCCCUCCUUCAGGCCUGGAAGCAGAGUAUCAGACACUUUUCACUACUGACUCCCUCCUUUUCCUCCAUGAGCUGAUUUCCACAUUUGAUGAGGAGGUGGACCAGGUCCUGCGGUUACGAGUGUCCAAAAAAGCCCACUUGGACCUUUCAGGUGACCUGCCGAGUUUCCUGGAAAACACCACCUGUGUCAGGAGAGACCUGGCCUGGAGGGUGCUCCCCGUCCCCUCAAGGCUACAGAGGAGACAUGUGGAUAUUGGGGAUCUGGCUCCCUGUGACACCCAGCGCUUCAUUAAAGCUCUCCAGUCACCAGCACAAGGCAUACAGGUUGACUUCGAUGAUGGGAACUGUCCUACAUACUACAAUCAGAUCAAAGGAAUUCAUAAUGUUUUUAAGGCGGUGUACAAUCAGUUCCCCAAUGUUCCACACAUAUCUCAGGCUCCAGUGCUGAUGCUUCGUCCCAGAGCCUGGAACAUGGUGGAGCACAACAUGAUGGUGGAGGGGAAGGAGGCUCCUGGUCCUCUGUUUGACUUUGGACUCCUCAUGUUUCACUGUGGAAAGACGCUGUUUGAAAACAAGAGCGGACCGUUUUUCUACCUGUCAAAAGUGGAGAGUUUUAUGGAGGCCAGAUUAUGGAACAACAUCUUUGUCUGGACACAACAGAAGCUGGGCCUUCCUCUGGGCAGCAUCAAGGCAACAGUGUUAAUUGAAAAUGUAUUAGCAGCAUUUGAGAUGGAGGAGAUCCUCUAUGAGCUGAGAGACCAUUCAGCAGGACUCAACUGUGGCAUCUGGGAUUAUUCAGCCUCCUUUGUCAAUAAGUUUGGUCACCGAAGUGCCUUCUUGCUGCCCGACCGCAGUAAAUAUGUCAACAUGGAGAAGCGUUUCCUGCGCAGCUACAUGGAUCUGUUGGUUCAGACGUGUCAUCGGCGGGGAGCGUUGGCCACAGGAGGCAUGGCUGCCCUGCUGCUGCCUCAGGACCCAAACAGUGACCCCUACAGGACAGUGUUGGCUACUGUCACCAGACUAAAGUCUCUGGAGAUCAAGGCAGGUGUGGACGGUUUCAUGGUGUAUGACCUGAACCUGAUUGAGCCCAUGCAGAAACUCUUUCAGCACCACACUGAAGGUGAUAACCAGCUUCAUCAGCUUCGAAAUGAUGUCACUGUCACCCCUGAUGACCUGCUGUCCAUGCCUGCGGGAGGAGUCACCCUUUAUGGUUUGAAAUACAACAUUGCAGUUGGUGUCCUCUUUAUUGAUGCUUGGCUAUUAGGUAAAGGUCACUUUUUCUACAGAGGCCAGGUGGAAGAUUCAGCCACAGCAGAGAUUUCCAGAUCACAGGUGUGGCAGUGGAUCCGCCAUCAGACUCAGCUGGAGGAUGACAGCAGGGUGGUGAGCAGGCAGCUGGUGACUGACAUCACAAAGGAGGUGAUGAUAGAGCUCAGCAAUCUCUGUCAGUCCGUUAGGGAUAAACAGAGGUUACACACAGCAGCAGACAUGUUCCUGGAGGUAGUCCUGAAGAGAGAUUUCCCAGAGUUCAUCACCACCUACCUGAAUCAGGACCACACCUUCCUCAGCUCCCACACCACUGGACAGGUGGAGGCUCUGAACACAAACACACACCGAGCCAAACUGUGAAGACAGCUUCAUGUUCUCUGCUCCACUGCUUCUAUAUAUGAAGACACAGGAAGGUGCUGACUCAGGAUUUGCAACAUGUAGAAUGGCUCUGAAUACUGUCAGUGUAAAGUGAAUUCAGUUUAAUAAAUCAAAUUUGUUC